AGACGCAGAGAAUCCUCGACAGGUCGGACGACAACGAGACUUACAUGAAUGUGAAGUUCACGAAAACGGACUUUGAGACCCCUUCUCGGGGAAAGUCGGGCACAAAUACGUUGCGAGAGAGAUUCGCUGAACCUGAUGUAUCGUACGCGGAAGUUAAGUUAAAGACCCCCUCGGCGCCUCGGGUCCGGAAAGAUCGAGACGGUCAGAACACCACCUACUCAGAGCUGAACGUUCGGAAAAAGAAACCCCGCAUCGAUAAGGACGAACACUCUCCCAUUUCCUCGGGUCCCGGCGGGCGGUCAACCGCUGCAAGAACAGCUGAACCUGUUGUAUCGUACGCGGAAGUUAAUUUCAAGACCCCCUCGGCGCCCCGGGUCCGGACAGAUCGAGAAGGUCUGAAAUCCACCUACUCAGAGCUGAACGUUCGGAAAAAGAAACCCCGCGUCGAUGAGGUCGAAGAUCCUCCCAUUUCCUCGGGACCCGGCGAGUUGUCAACCGCUGCACAAACAGCUGCGCAAGAACAGGAGUCGAAAGUGAAGAUCGGAAAUAGACCGUACCGUCUGAUCUGCCUACUCUGCCUAGUUACGUCCGCCCUCAUCGUGAUAGUGGCCGGUCUCUCGAUCCAUGGAAUGCUGAGCGAUCUCCGUCACCAGUUCACUGAGAUGGAAACGAAGUACAGAUCUGUCAAUGAAACCAAGGCUCAAAUCUGUGAAUUCUUGACCGGUAGAAGAGGGACGCAAAGAAUCCUCGGCAGGAUGGACGACAGCGAGAUUUACGUGAACGUGAAAUUCACGAAAAACGGCCUCACAGACUCCUUCUCGAGCUCAGUGGCAUCUUUUCUAGAGGAAGACGACGUCAUGGGAACACUCUACUCAAAGUGUGGCUUCACUGACGUCUUGUACAAUUCCAACAUGACCACCCUACUCCUGGACUCAUUGCCCUGUCGGAUGAAGGGCGGCGCGACCGAAAGGCGGAUGAAGGUCCGCAUAAACAGCAGCCGAAUGAGACAUCAGAAAUAG